CUAGUCGACUACAACCAGGGGGGCGCAGAAAAGGCAUUCCAUUGCGCCAUGCUCCUAUCUUUUGUCCUCCUCGCUGCUGCCGCAGUGGCCAUACCCUCCCCGCCGGCCUACGACUAUGGCUUCGACGCGGCCAAGGUGGUCAAGCGCGAGACGCAGGAUCCAAUUAUUGUCACCAAGCUGCCUUCCAUAAACGGGACUAUUCCUAACCGCCCCGACAUCAGAGAGUUGAUGGAGAACCCCUUCAAGUGGAAUCUCUUCCUCCUCGCCUCAAGCAUGUUUCAGUUCACGAAUCAAAGUGAACAGCUGUCGUGGUAUCAGAUCGCAGGCAUUCACGGCGUUCCUUUCGUCCCCUGGAAUGGCGUACCUGGCGUACCGGGAGGAGAAGAAAGGGGGUACUGCACCCACAUGUCCAUUCUCUUCCCAUCGUGGCAUCGCGUGUAUCUUGCUUUGUACGAGCAAAUUCUCUUCCAACUCGUGCAGCUGAUUGCCUCGUGGUUCCCAGACCCCACGGAACGAGCUUACUACGAAGCCGCUGCAAUAGACUUCCGAAUUCCAUUCUGGGACUGGGCCACUACACCACCGCUCGGAGAGACUGUUUACUUAUCUGAAUUUGAGCAGCCUGCAAUCCAAGUGUAUGGCCCCAACGGAUGGCAGACCAUUGCCAACCCAUUAUACAGCUACAAAUUCCGGCCGCUGGACCCGCUGGUUUUCUCCCAAGGCGAUUUUCCCCAUUGGACAGAGACAAUGAGAGCUCCCUUCGAGACAACGGACAACCAAAGUAUAGCGCAUUCGAUCGAGCAUGCCAGACCUGCACUUCAGCAACGACUCUAUACUCUCCUUUCCAAUUACAAGGACUUUGAACCUUUCAGUAACAAAUAUUGGGGGACGGCGUCGAAUCAAACGCAAUACGACUCGGUGGAGGCCUUGCACGAUGCUAUGCACGUGUUGGUGGGCGACCGCGGCCAUCUGUAUUACAUUCAGUAUUCGGCAUUCGAUCCGGUGUUCUUCUUGCACCAUACUAUGGUGGAACGAAUAGUCGCCAUGUGGCAAGUUCUGUACCCUACUGCCUGGGUCACUUCCCAAGUCGCAAUGGAGCCUUCCUUCACCAUGUCGUCAGGGACCGUUCAAAACUGGCUCACGGAACUCAAGCCAUUCUAUGCGGACGCCAACGGCACCUUUUGGAACUCGGCAAUGGCCAGAGACACCACGGCCUUCGGAUAUUCGUACGCGGAAACAAAUCCGAGUCUUGGAAUCCACAAGUCUGAAGAACAAGCUCGCCUUAUAGCAACUAUCAAUAGAAUAUACGGCUCGUCUAGCCCCUCGGGUCUGGCCUGGAAGCAACGGAGAGCAGCGUCAAAAAGGGGAUGGGGGCCGCUAUCCCAAGUUCGGAAAGGAACUACUUCGAAGCAUGUGUUAGACUUCUCAAAAGAUCCUGACUUUCAGACCAAAGUAGCGACUGAAGACGACAUGUACACCGAAUGGAUCGCCAACGUUCAUGUUCAGAAUGGAGCAUUAAAUGGCUCGUUCGCAAUCCAUUUCUUCCUAGGUGAAGUUCUCGGAGAACCCACUGCUUGGGCAGCUGCACCAAAUCUGGUUGGAUCAAUGAGCGUAUUUGCGAUGAAGAACAUGGGUUCAGACAACCACGUGUCUGGGACAGUUCCUCUGACAUCGGCCUUGGUGCAUAUGGUUUCGGCGCGAACUAUCUCUGGGCUUGAACCCGAUGAGAUCGUACCGUAUCUCGAAAAACAUCUCCAAGUUCGGAUUGUCGCAGAAGGGUCGACUGAAGUUGAAGCGAGAACGAUAGACAGCCUACACAUCCAGAUCGCAAGCGCUCGUGUUCAAGCAUCUAGGCACGAGUGGGAACUUCCAAAAUGGGGCCCGAUGGUGGAGAGGUUUGUGCUGAGCCUCGGCUGAUGUCGUCUCUGCGUUAUGAUUGGGAAAAGGCUCAGUUACGGGAAUAUUUUCUUGAAUCCAUUGAUUAGAGGUCUCAGAGAUAGCUGCUCUUUAAUGUGUAAUUUGCUUUCGCCUUUCAGCCAUUAAGUUGACAUGAUAAGAGGUGAAGCGAACAGUCACGUGGGCCCAGUUGUUGU